CUUGGCUCCGGCAUGGUGCAGGCCACACAGAAGCUGGUCAAGGCUGUCACCACCAAAGGCCCCCAAUUCAUCUCCACUGCUAUCACUUAUUCAAGGCCUCAUCUGGCCACUUUCUGGUACUAUGCCAGCGUUGAACUGGCUCCUCCAACUCCUGCUGAAUUUCCUAAGGCCAUUGACAGCAUGAAAGCACUGGUGAAGGGCUUCCAGUCUGGUCGCCUUACACAACUCACUGUCAAGGAAGCCCUGAGGAAUGGUUUGGUGGCUACUGAGGUGUUGAUGUGGUUUUACAUUGGUGAAAUCAUAGGCAAACAUGCCCUGGUUGGAUAUGAUGUCUGAAAGCCUUUCUG